GUAAGUGGCUGGUGAUUAAUGCCGCAAGCAGAGCAUGGGUUUUACCACCAGUACUGCGAUUUUACGCCUAAUACUUCUUACAUUAUGCUUAUCGCGUUGACACACAGAGGGGCUCGUUCCUGGACGCCGACCGGAGAAUCCGCAGCUGGAUGUCGCCGAGCAGCCGCAAAGCGUUGGAGAAGAAAGCGGCCUGCGCCGGCAGCCAGGAGGCCCUCAUGGACAUCGCUGCCGCUGAGAUUGCGCUGGAAGCCUACAGAGCUGCCUCACGGUCCGGGGUUCCUGGUGAUUCUGGCACCAGGAAUGCGCUGCGUCGCGGGAUCCGCUCGGGCAGCGGUGUCGCGGCCAUCACGGAGGAUAUGCUGUUCUUCCUUGCCACGGGACGCUCGCAGUGCGGCAUGCAACCGCCGCCUCUUCGGUUCCUGCGGAACGUCGAGGAAUUCAGCCGCGUCUUCUCCUGCACCCCGGGGUCGCCCAUGAACCCGCCGCGGAAGUGCUCAUUUUUCUUUUGACAAUACGAGAUCUAUGCACGGCUCUAUAGUCGUCGGUGUUGAAUCGUCUAGCGCAGCAAGCUCAAACUCAAGCUAGUGCCCUAAUUGUUUCGUCUCCUGAGCGCGAUGUAAUCGAAUUGUAUCCACGUUUCUCACUAUCUAUUUCGGGGCCACAAAUAUGUUGCUUCUAUGUCUGUGGUAAAAGUUCUUCUUCGCUGCCAAUGUUUACCAAACAGGAUAUCUGCAUUUAUAGGAAUAACUGAUAGCUGAGACGGACUUUGCUUAUUUUUCAUGCCUUGUGGGCUGCCUUUGAUUGGCUUUGGCCCUUAAAAUUAUUGUUAAGUGAUAUCUUGUGAAAAAAAGCUCCGAAAACCACUGACUCCAUCUGCAUGCGCAUUUAGAAGCCCAACAAAUAUUUCGUACUUGCAAUACAGAAAAGGCACUACUUUUGAUAUGAACAAGUUUUAGGUGAAGGUCAUUUACAAGACUAAAGAAGGCUCUACAUUCAUGUCGGAAUGUUUCACCAUUUACUCGUGUUCGUAUCUUUGCAAGAUAUGCCUUAUUUCUACCUGCCUUUCCUGCACAUUAGGUGCAUUCUCGUGCGUUUUAUGUUUGGCGCCCCACUUUGAUGCCAUGAGUGCCUCAGCAG